AUGACAAAAAUUUAUUGUUUCUUGGCAUUGCUACUUAUUGAGGUGGUAAUUGCCGAACCGCAGUGGUACAAUAGCUCGGAUGGCCGUCAGUAUCUGAUCGAGAGUGCUGCUAAAUACAAUUGGUUUAGGGCAAAUCAUGAAUGUUCGCGCAGAAAUUUACAAUUGGUGGAAAUUCAAUCGGAAUCCAAGAAUCAAGCAUUGGUGCAGUUAUUGAAAAACAUAUUUGGCAAAUCGACCAGUCUCUGGCUUGGUGGCAAUGAUCAAUUCAACACGGAAAUCAGCACCAAUCGUCCCUUCUAUUGGUCUGCCUCUGGUAAAACUAUGACCUAUAGCUAUUGGUAUCCCGGUGAACCGAACAAUGAACGCAACCAAGAGAAUUGUGUACAGACCUUUGCCUAUAGUCCCGAAUUCCAGUGGAAUGAUGUGUCGUGUAGCAAUCAAUAUGGUUUCAUAUGCGAACAUCAGCGAUCACAUAAUAAAUAUUCGGCAACACUACAAGAGAAACGCCAGCACGUCGUAAAGGCCAUGAAGAAAUUUUCCGAUUUCAUGCAACACGAAAAAGAGAAAAUGUUGGAUGUGGUACAUCGUACAAGGAAUCUGAUAGCAAAAAAUAACAAUGAAGUAGAACAUUUUUUGGAAGCACUGGAAAAUAAAGCAUCGCACUCAGCCAGCAGUGAUGAAAAGGAAAAUAAACAAGAAAUAACACGAUUAUCGUCCGAUAUAAAUGAUCACAUCAAUGAAUUGUAUGAAAAGCUAGAGAAUUCGACACCGAGAAUUUCGAAUAGAUUGUCACAAGAAUUAACUGAGGUGGAGCAGAAAAUUGAAGAUGUUCUUCGAAAUGUUAAAUUGUAA